GUUCUUGGCAGUAACAGAUACUGUAUAUAACAAAAAGGUUUUCUAUGUCUUCCAAAUUCCAAUAGAAGAACCAAAGGUUGUUUCAACAUGAGAAAUAUCAGUGAUUUGCCUAACGAUUUGCUGGUGAAGAUUUUGUCAUUAAUUCCGAUAAAAGUUGCUGCGUCUACAAGUCUUUUGUCCAAACGAUGGGGUUCUGUUUGGAAAUUGAUUCCGACGCUUGACUAUGACGGUACAUAUAGUGCUGCAGCUUUAGAGUUUUUCGGAAAGUUUCACACCCUUGUGGCUUUACGCUUUAUGAAAUUGACCAUUGAGGAUGUUCAUUCGACAACUUGUUUCCGGUCCGUCAAGAAUUUAUCUCUUCUAGAUGUAAAGUUCUCAAGCGAUAAAACCGUUGAGAGGCUUUUGUCUUGUUUCCCUAUUCUUGAAACAUUGGUUGUGCACCGAUGGGGCGCUGACAAUGUGAAGACUUUCGCAAUUUGUGUGCCAUCGUUGCAGAGCUUAAACAUCCGCUACACAGUAGGGGGUUAUCACAAUCCAAAAACUGAUCAUGGAUUUGUGAUCAAUGCUCCUUCUUUAAAGCAUUUAGAUAUUGUUGAUCAUUUUAGUGGGUUUUGCUCAUUAGUGAAUAUGCCCGAGCAAUUGGAUGCAGAAAUCCACCUUAGACAUAUUGAUUCUGAGAAGCUUCUGGAAAGUCUUACCUCGUCUAAAAAACUUUCCUUGUGUUUAAAACCACAAACGGGUUCAUAUCCGGGAGGAGACUUUGACCAGCUCGUGUGUCUAGAGCUAUGUGUUAUGUGCUCCUUAGAUUGGUUGAAUCUUAUCCUCAGACGUUCACCUAAACUCCGAUCUCUCAAACUCUACCAAUCAAGAGAGAGAAACUGGAGCUGCAGGAAUUCCAAACAUGUCCGUACUAAAUGGGAGCAACCCAAUUCUGUUCCUGAAUGCUUACUUGUGAGUCUCGAAACUGUUAAGUGGAUUUUGUACAAAGGGACACAAGAAGAGAAGGAUGUGGUGAAGUAUUUGUUAAAGAAUGGAAACUUCAUAAAGACUAUGAGUAUUCGAUUCUCAUCAGUAGUCACGUUGGAAGAGAGAAUCCACAUACCAAUGGAGUUUGAGUUCAUGGGAAGGAUUAAUUCCAGCAGAUGUCAGCUUUCAUUCUCAAAGCUAUAA